GGGCGGAGAGAGAGUGUAUCUGACGGAAGAGAAGGGAGCCAGGGAACGGUCAGCCGCCAUUAGAAAAGUAAGAGGAUGAGCUAGCGGGACCUUUUCUCUCUGUAGUGCUCCUCUGCUCACAGGGAACACAAUUUGCGGAUCUUUUUUGCUAAAUUCGAGUUCUUUUUUUCUUCAUUCUCUAUCUUUUCUUCCUUCUCCGCAACUUCCUAGUUUGGAUCUCUCCUUUUUCUUCUUCAUUAUUGGACUGUAGUUGGUACGAUCGAGAUUAUGGUUGGUCUUUGGGGAUCUUUUUAUUCAUGGAGAUCGGAAUGAAUUGAGAGCCGAGAAGUUGGUGAUAGGGUGCUUCCGUUAGUUCUGAGGGUAGAAGGAGAAGAUGCAGAGGCCGACGACUCGUUUCCUUGAGCGUUCAACCUCCAUGAGGAGGGGGGAGAAGAGAGGGUUGGAAGUCGGAGGCGAUGCCGAUGAACGGCUGCCGGAGGAGAAGCGGCACAAAGUUCCCGCUCUCGCCAGUGUGAUAGUGGAAGCUCUCAAGGUGGACAGUUUGCAGAAGCUCUGCUCAUCGCUGGAGCCUAUUCUCCGUCGAGUUGUCAGCGAAGAAGUAGAACGUGCAUUAGCCAGAAUGGGCCCUACUAAGAUUGGUGGGAGGACUUCACCGAAGCGGAUUGAAGGACCUGAUGGAAGAAAUUUGCAGUUGCAUUUUCGCUCAAGGUUAUCUCUUCCACUUUUCACUGGUGGAAAAGUUGAGGGCGAGCAAGGUUCUGCUAUUCAUGUAGUGUUGCUUGAUGCAACUACUUGUCAGGUCUUAACUUCAGGCCAAGAAUCUUGUGCGAAAUUAGAUGUUGUUGUGCUUGAAGGUGACUUCAACAACGAAGAUGAUGAUAAUUGGGUAGAGGAAGACUUUGAAAGUCAUGUUGUAAAGGAACGUGAAGGAAAGAGGCCACUUUUAACUGGAGAUUUGCAGGUAACCUUGAAAGAAGGUGUAGGUACGCUUGGGGAUCUAACUUUUACAGACAACUCCAGUUGGAUACGUAGCAGGAAGUUUCGUCUUGGUCUAAAAGUUGCAUCUGGUUACUGCGAGGGUAUUCGUAUCCGUGAAGCAAAAACAGAGGCAUUUACUGUUAAGGACCAUAGAGGAGAAUUGUAUAAGAAACAUUAUCCACCGGCGUUUAAUGAUGAGGUGUGGCGGUUGGAGAAGAUAGGAAAGGAUGGUUCAUUUCACAAAAGACUGAGCAAGGCUGGAGUAUAUACUGUGGAAGACUUUCUGCGUCUUGUUGUUAGAGACCCACAGAAACUACGAAAUAUCCUUGGAAGUGGUAUGUCCAAUAAAAUGUGGGAAACUGCAGUUGACCAUGCCAAGACUUGUGUGCUUGGUGGAAAGCUUUAUGUUUACUAUAACGAUGAUUCAAGGAAUGUUGGUGUGGUCUUCAACAACAUUUAUGCAUUGUGUGGUCUUAUUGCUGGUGGCCAGUACUGCCCUGCUGAAACUCUAACCGACACCCAGAAGGUCUAUGUGGAUACAUUGGUAAAAAAGGCUUAUGAUAAUUGGAUGCAUGUGGUAGAAUAUGAUGGCAAAGCGUUGAUGGCUUUUAAACAGAGCAAAAAGAUGAUUACUACUCGGUCUGAUACUCGGGCUUCAAGUUCUGAAUACCAGUCAUUUGAUCCGCAAGCUUCCGUCCAGCAAAUGCCAUUCACAGCUAGCACUGAUCAGGUGGCAACAGAUCCUGGAAUUGCUGCUAGAGCAGAUGCAACCACAUCAAUGUACACUGACAAUUCAUCAGCACACUAUUCAGCUCUGUCUCAGCCACUGGUUCCUAAUUCUCAACUCCAAUUCGACACUGUAACAUAUCCUGUUCAAAACCAACCAAUGGGCUCCUCCCACCAAAUGCAAGGCAACCAAACUGAUUCCGUGGUUGGUCUGGGUCUAGGACCUCCUCAGCCUGCUGACUGUGGCUUCACAUCUAUUAAUACACCUGUACAUAGCAUGAAUAUGGGUCCACUUGAUGAUUGGGCUCAACAACGGGACCAUGAUUUCUUUUCGGAGGAAGAGAUCCGGUCAAAAAGCUCAGAGAUGCUUGAGCAUGAUGACAUGCAACAGUUGCUUCGUUUAUUCAGCAUGGGAGGAGGUGCUAUGAACAUGUCCGAUUAUGAGUAUACUUCUUACGUUCAGUCUCCAAUGCCAAACUACACAUACAAUGAGGACCGUGGAAGCAGGUCAUCAGGGAAAGCAGUUGUUGGCUGGCUCAAGCUAAAAGCAGCUCUACGUUGGGGUAUAUUUAUUAGGAAAAUUGCGGCUGAGAAGAGAGCCCAGCUUGUUGAAUUAGAGGAUUCAUGAGUUAUUCCAGGAUUGGCUCCAGUUAUGCUUCCUUUGGCACGCAGCAGCAUGGAUUGUGGCAGAGAUUAACGUGAAUUUGUGCAGAUUCGGAGCAUGGCACUGAGCUUUUUUGUUUUGUGCAAGUUCUGACUAAAUUCAUUGCUGCCCCUUGCCUGUGCAACCCUGUAUGUAAAAGUGCAUGUAAAUUGCAGUAAUGGUUAUUGUCCCGGACGAUUGGACCUGUAUCCUCUUAGCUAACAUAUAUUAACGAAACAAGUGGAAUUGUUCCUUUUGCA